AUGGUCAACAAGUUCUUCCUUCGCGGCCUUGGGUUCCUCAACGAUGCGUACGAUCUCUCGGUCAUCAACAUCAUCAACGUCAUCUUGGAGCACCAGUACGGCAAGAGUGUCUUCGACUCCAACAUGAAGUCGAGCGUCUCGACGUCCGCACUCAUUGGCGCCGUCCUCGGUCAGCUCGUGUUUGGCGUUCUCGGUGAUAUUUACGGCCGCAAGAACUGCAUGGUGGCCACCUGCGCGCUCCUCAUCAUCGGUGGUAUCCUCUGUGCGGCAGCCUACGGCGGCUCGGACCUCGGUACGCUUUGGUUCCUCGUCGUCGCCCGUGGUAUCCUCGGUUUCGGUAUCGGUGGCGAGUACCCGCUCGCGGCGUCGUCGUCGUCGGAAGAUGCGACGUCGCCCGCCGACCGCAACCGCCGCGUCGCGCUCACGUUCUCGCUCCAGGGUGUCGGCUUCCUCAUUGCCGGCAUCAUGGGUCUCAUCAUGGUCAACGUGCUCGACGACACGCCGCAGCAGCUCGAGAUCAUGUGGCGCGUGCUCUUUGGUGUCGGUGUCCUCCCGGCGCUCUUCCUUGUCUACUAUCGUAUCACGGCCGAAGAGACGCACGUGUACAAGACGAUGCUUGCGGAAGAAGUGCACAUGAAGAAGAUUCGCUGGUCGUUCAUCCUCAAGCACUACGGCAAGAGCCUCCUCGGUACGGCCGGCACGUGGUUCCUCUUUGACAUUGUGUUUUACGCGCAAAACCUCUUUUCGGCCUCGAUCCUCUCGGUGAUUGGCGCCAACUCGACGCUCAAGACGAUCGCGCUCCAGAACGUCUUGAUCUCGCUCGUGGCGCUGCCGGGGUACUACGUCGCGUGCUUUUUCAUCAACAAGAUGGGCCGCAAGCUCAUCCAGCUCCAGGGUCUCACGUGGAUGACCAUCAUCUUCCUCGUGCUCGCCAUCUGGUGGGACUCGAUCAAGGGCCAAAGCGCGCUCUUCAUCAUCCUUUUUGGCUUGACGCUCUUCUUCUCCAACUUUGGCCCCAACAUGUCGACGUUCGUCAUGCCCACGGAGAUGUACCCGACGGCCAUCAAGAGCUCGUGCCACGGCUUCUCGGCCGCCAUGGGCAAGGCGGGCGCCCGGCUUUGGCUACGUCGGCACGUGGUACACGUUUGCCGGCAUCUGUUUGGCGGCGCUUGUCCUCACGUGGUUCUGCAUGUUUGA